UAGUGUGCAGAAUUAAAAGGUAUUCUCGAAAAAUCAUACCUUUCUGUAUGAAAAUGUCAUUGCCAUCCUUAGAUCACUUUGAUAGCUAUAGCUAAUCGAAUGAACUAAAAUACUAGAGUCAUUAUUUCAGACUGCUUUAAAAUAAAAUAAUGAGCUUAUAUAUUUAUUGUGUUGAAGAGUGUUUAUAUUAUAUGAGGUAUUUGUUAUUAUAUUAUAUUUAUAAGUUGUUCAAGGAAUCUCAUGUGUCGUAAAGAUGUUCAAUUAAAGUAAUAUAUUUUUAAAAUCUAUUCAUGUCAAUUAUACCAAUAUAAAACCAAUCACAUAAUUGGUCAUUAAUUUUUUAGAGGAAACGGAGAACUAUUUUAGGCUUUACGUUCUGGCCAUAUUUAUUUAUUGGAACUAUGGUUCUGGCCAUAACCUACAAUUGUUUUUAUUCGUAGCGAUAUGAAGAUUGUUUUAAAAAGUUACGAUAAUUAUACGUAUGACCAAAUUAAAUUAGAUUAUGAAGAAUUUCAAAGCAGUAUCUGUGAAGUAGUGAGUUCUACGGCAAAACCCAAGACGCGAUGGAAGUUGGAUUGCACAUUCGUGUACUACCUUUUACGGGAGUUAAAAUUUAGUGUAAUGUAUAGAAAUCAUUUUCUAAACUGUUGGUCCCAAUACGUCGGCCGUUUAAUUGUAAUUCUCGAGCCCACCACGGUGGAUUUAAUAGAUUAUAAAUGGAAUUACAGAUUAUAUUGUUUAGUGCGUGAAAAGUGCGAACUGGAUCAUGCACUGUCGUGGUUGUCAACAUUGGGCGGAGCUUUUUCAGCGUUAGGGGACUAUUUCGAAAGGUGUGCGGAAACUGCUGGGAAAAUAUCCGUCAAUCAGUUGAGACUCGCAUUAAGAUUAGGUGACGCCUCCAUCGUUGCAAGAUGUCGCCUUUAUUUAAGCCUGAGCUUAAUACAAAUGAAGAGGUUUAAGGCAGCAAGACGCAUAAUCCUUGCGGAAUAUGAAAGUGCGAAAAGCCAAGUUGUGAAAGACGAAAGGCUGUUGAGAAUGUGCCAGGGUAUUUGGGCCAAGUUAAAAUAUGAAAUGGAAAUGGCCAAAAAUGUAAGGAAGUCGGAAGGGCAGUAAAUAUUUUUGUAGUCAUAUUAUGUUCU